AUGUCGUCUCCAGCGGGGAUGCCCCAGGGAUUUGCUCCUCAAUUGCCAAGUGCAGAGUCUCAAGGGUCUACGGCGAACAUGAACAGCAGUGCUAAUGAAGAUGGGGUUUCCGUCAAACCGAUGAGGCUCAAAGUCCUAUACACCUUCGACGACCAGAACAAGACCAAUUGCUUGGCACGAUGGCCUCCUGUUUUGCAGGUCCAAACUGUCGCCAUGGACGAGACAACCUCAAUCGGAGUCAUCGAGCUAAAGACCUGUAUACAAGCAAUUGUUACUUGCAGUCCAGAGCUGGUAGCUAGACUAGGCCAGGACUACACCGUUUACGCGUACGAUUACUCCGAAUAUGAUAACCCUCUCGUGGGACAAGGCAUGUUAUCUUGGGCUCUAGCGGCAGCGUCUACAUCCCCAGAUGUGCCUGCUCACCAGUCGACCAAGCUUGUUACUGGACGCGUUUGCAAGAAUAUCAUGGGGCUUUUUUCGAAUGGUGUGAAGGAGACUUUGGAGGUCAAAUUACGGCUUGUACCGGUUCCUACGGUGCUACAGAGCGAAUAUAUCUCGACUAUGGAGAAAUAUAGGGAGUUGAGCAAGGUCAUGCCAGCCGGGUUUGACCCCAAUGAAUGGACCUCCUUCCUACAGUCGAAUCCGAGUCUUGGUCAGCUGGCAAAGGCCACACCAGCACCAAAUCAACCAACGCAAAGUCAAAGAGAUGGUUCUACUUCUCAGUCCAAGUCUAGAGCAACAAUCGAAUCCGAACGUGUACGACCAACCCCCCAAAUGGUGAAUACAGGGAAUGAGAGCCAAAAUGAAAGUGCCGGGCCAGCCAAGAAGGGAUCACGGCCUUCGUCGAGAGCUGCUGUCAAGAGGCCGAGAAAGCCGCGUCAGCCUAAAAACAUUGUGUCAAAGGGUGGAAACACUUCUGGGUAUGAAGAGGGUACAGAUGGAGAUGAUGGGCCACAACCCAAGAAGAGGGCAAAAAUCACCAAGACGGACUGGAAUAGUAAAUCAACCAUCGGAGCAGCACCAGACUCCCUUCGAGUGGCCGCUAGCACUGCCGGAUCCUUACGGCUCUUCAGACCUAUUGCGAUGAGCCCCGUACCCGGUGUAGGCAGCCAUCUCCAGGAAAUACCCCGAGCACCUACCCCAGUACCCAGAAUGGCGAAUCAGCACUCACAUCGUGAUCCUGAUAAACCUCCCCCGCAGAGUUCUCUCCGCCGUAACUCAUUUCUUGAGCAUUCCCAAAUAGAGGCGCCACGUCGGCAUGUGUCGCCAUAUCCACCUCUCGAAAACCCAGAAGAUCAACCUAGAUAUUCUAUCGAAUCGGCAAAUGUUUCACCUGAACGAAACCCAAGCCCUUCGGAUACGCCUCCUGAUAUCGGUUCCUCACCACCUGUAAUGAGAACUAGAGCCCCUUCUAUGCGAUCUAGUCCGCCCUGUCCUUCUAGUCCUGUUCUACCUCAAAUGCCACGAACGGACUCUGGAUUCAUGAGUGGAUCGCUGGAAGACCUCUUUGGAGAAGAUUACGGUGCGCCAAUGCACCCUGUGAAUGAAGACCUGCCUGGACAUGCCGUUCCCGAUUUCCAUAAGCAUCAAGCUCCUACCCAAAUGGCACCGCAUGAAGACUCUGGGUUCUUUAUUGAAUGGGAAGAGCCUGGUCCGAUGGAGUUAUUGCCUACUAAGAUGCACAUCCAUCCUGCUCCAGUCCGGAAGUCUACACCCAAACCGAGAGCCUCGUCGAAAGCACCUAAACCUCGAGCUGGGAGCGUCAUGUCAGAGGAUGGACAGCAGUCUCUUCCGCCAUUAAGAAAAGAUAGCUGUGCUAUCUCUCGUCCUCCAUCGCAGCCGCAGCAGAAUCCACAGCCCUCAGUUCUGUCUCGCCCAGUUUCUAGGGGCUCACAAACUAAAAGUCCCGCGCCGCAGCAGAGAGAUCCUCGCCCAGACCAGGAACCCAGAAUUCAAUCUCGACCAGGCUCACGGGACUCUCAAGGCAAGACUCCAGUAUUGCAGGAUCGAACUUCUCAGCCACCUGAGUCUAAAGCCCUUGCCCAGAAUCAAGACCAGGCUACUAAACCUCCUUCAGUGCCUCGAGCACGGGCCGGAAGAACAAUGAGUCGUACAGCUUCGAUGGGAAGCCUCCAUCUUCCAAUAGUUCCCGCAAGUGAUCCAGCAAUACCUCCCUCCGGACUUCAGCGGUCUCAAACAUGGUCUGAAGCACCCAUAACUUCCAUGUCCGCAAUAGCACAAACAUACCUUCAUGACCCUGCAUCACAAGAUACAGAGUACGACAAAGGUUCUCUGUCCAAAAAAGCGUCAAUAAGGCAUAAACUAGAGCAGGCAAUUGCGAAAGGGGAAAUGCCUCCAUACUGCAGUAAUUGUGGAGCAAUCGAGACCCCCACCUGGCGGAAGGCUUGGUAUCAGGAACAUGACGGAAAUCCUGGAUAUCACGAUUAUUCAGAAGCUGCAGGCAGGGUGACCUGUAUCAACGUACUUAACCGCGAUAGCGACGGAAAACCAACGUCUUACCAGCUCAUCAAGAAGUCUUUAGGGAAGGAUGACAGCGUCGAAGACUACAAAGAAUUUCUUCUAUGUAACCCUUGCGGGAUCUGGAUGGCUAAAUACAAAACACAACGGCCAGAAUCGCAAUGGGUCUCUUACCAACCCGUUCCAAGAAAGGGUGCAGACCCUCCCCCUAAAAGACAACGACCUCCCAAGAAAUCACAACAGAACCCUAGUCAUGGGAUACUUACCUCGGAAGCCAAUUUCCCCACAUCAGACGCCAACUUCCCACAAUCAGAAGCCAAUUUUCCCCCUUCAGAUGCGUACCAAGGACAAGGUGCUCCGACAGAGGGUAAUUCUCCGACCGAAACGGAGAUGCAGACAGAAUCAAUGGAGCUCUCUGCGGGCAACCACCGCCGGCGAUCGACUAGUAAUCAACCAUUAAAACGAGCGUUGAAGGCAAUGACAUCUGAUGCUGCCUCGGCUGCUUUGGCCCGAGCCAUCCAAUCGAGCCCGGGGAGAUGGCAUGGGACCCAACAAAGCCCGAUUGAUGUUGAAGAUCAAUUGGGAUCUACUAGAAGAUUACUCUUCCCGUCACCGAGAAAAGACGGGUCACCGAAAGUUUUGGGAGAGGUGAUGACGAAUGUCGUACAAAUCGCUACUGAUUUACGCCCAUUGAACAAAGAAGCACUGGUAGCACUUAUUGAGGCGACCGACAAGGAGAACUGUCCUCCGGGCAUCGAGGUCGCCGAUGCUGAUGCUGAACUUCUAAGACUUUUUGAAGAGGAAGUUGCUCGACCAUCGACGCCUACCCAGAAAUCGCCACCAACAAAUCCUUUCAAAACCCCGACCCGGAAGACCCCAAGCCACAGACCAAUCACACGAAGCGUCUCAAAGUCCUCCCGCUCACAGAAAUCGCCCAGAGAACUACUAUUUGCACCCACCCCCUCCAAAACGCCCAUUUCUCUCCGACGCUCACCGCGCUUUCAAAAUAACUUCGAGUCUCCCUUCACAGCCCGACUAAACCAAAUGAUGUCGGAAACCAAUCAAUCUCCCUCGCGUGCACUCGAAUUUAGCAGUCUCCCCAACCUACCGAACCUGAUGGCCAAUGGCACGGAAAUGAAUUUUAAUCUGGAGGAUUUCUUCUCGACGGAUGUCCCGAUGCCGAGUUCGCCGCCGAGGAUUUUCCAGCUUUAUGAGGACCCUAUGGUGAUGCAGGAUAUUGAUUGGAGUGAGUUGGGAAAUUAUGAUGGGGGUGAGGAGGGGGAGAAUAAUGGGGUUGUAGUUAAGAAAGAGCUGGAGAGCGAGGUGGAAGGUGCGGAGAAGACUGGGGAGUCUUGA